CUCCACAUAGCCGAGUAAAUAAGCCACAGCAUAGCUAGUUGAGCUUUAUUUAGGUGGUUUUUAAGUAUAACACCACCACACAGGAGUUGCGGCGGCGAUGGCGCGGCGGGGCGUGGCGCUUCUGCUAGUGUGCGCCUCUGUGGCGGCCCUCGCAGUGGCCUCGUCGGGACAGCCGCAGCCGCCGCCGAACUUCCAGGUCAUCAGUGGCGGCCACCUCGGUGGCAAAAAGAAUUUCGAGUUGACAUGCUCUGACGGAAGAAAGAAUAAGCCCGGCUGCAACGCCACUUGCCCUGACAAAUGCUCCGAAUCUUGCUUGGUCUUCUGCCCCACUUGCAGGACCUUCUGCCCUUGCGACUUGAAGAUCCCGGGAUUCGUCUGUGGCGACCCACGAUUCACCGGCGGCGACGGCAACACCUUCUACUUCCACGGCAAAAAGGAUGCCGACUUCUGCCUCGUCUCCGACUCCGACCUCCACAUCAACGCCCGUUUCAUCGGGAAACGCAACGACGACAUGAAGCGCGACUUCACGUGGGUGCAGGCCCUCGGUAUGCGCUUCGGCGGCCACAGCCUCUACGUAGGCGCGCAGAAGACCGUGACGUGGGACGACGACGUCGACCGCCUCAUGAUCACCUUCGACGGCGAGCCCGUCUACGUUCCGAACGAGCUGAACGCCAGAUGGGGGUCGACGUCCGUCCCCGCCCUGUCGAUCACGAGGACGAAGGCCACGAACGCAGUGGUGGUGCAGCUGGAGGGCAAGUUCAAGUUAAUGGCGGGCGCGGUCCCGAUCACGAAGGAGGACUCUCGGAUCCACAACUACGGCGUCACCGAAGAUGACAGCCUGGCCCACCUUGACAUCGCAUUUAAAUUCUACUCGCUCGGCCCCGACGUGCAUGGCGUGCUCGGCCAAACCUACCGGCCGGAUUACAUAAACAAGCUCAACGUGCGGGCGAACAUGCCGGUCAUGGGCGGGGCCCCCAACUUCGUUUCCUCCGGCAUCUUCUCCACCGACUGUGCCGUCGCGAGGUUCGGCAAAAGCGCCGACGCCGGGAUCGCCAUGGUCACGGAGUCCACAGUUUACUAAGGUGCUAGCUAGUAGUUGCAUGGGUGCAUGGCCAUGCGCACUAGUUAAUCCUUCGAUCCUGAAAUUAAUAAACUGUUUUAUUUUCGAUAAUUUAAUUUGUUAAGAAAUUAAAGUGUCUUGCGACGUACGUAGAUUGAAAAAAUGGUCGUGGUGUAGUAAUUAUAGCGCUUCUUCCACCGGUAGAAACAAGGGAUAAGUUGAAAGUGUGGGUGGAGAGCGAACAAUAUAUAUCUUCUUUUAACAGUGCCGUAUUGAUUAAUGAGCUGACGAAUAAAUUCGACUAUAAUUUGUUCACGUCAUGUUCUUAAAAGGUUUUAUGUUAAAUAAAAUAAACUGUGCUCGUUGACUGGUCA